CCCGGCCCCGCUCUCCUUCUCUGUGUCAGUCCCGUCAGUCAUGGAGCGGCUGCUCCGAGCAGCGGCGGUCACAGGAAAAGGAGCAACGCCGCCGCCGCCAGCAGCAGCAGCACCAUUACCAGCACACCGGGACGCCCUAGCCAGCCACGUUAGCAGACGAGCCACCGGCAAGGAGGAAGGGUUGCACGCCCGCGCGCCGGGGUCCGCACGAGCGGCGGCGGCGGCGUCUCGCGCCACUGGGCGCCGUGCCUGACGGCGCGGCGCGAGCCCAGGAAUUCCGUUUCGUGCCUGCACUGGGAGCCGCGCACAUACGCGGCGGCAGCGCCUCUCGCGCUCUCUCUCGCUCUCCUCCUGCCUGCGAUGCUCCAGAAACCUAUUUCUUUUUCUUUUGGAGGUCAUGAAACGCGUACGCACAGAACAGAUUCAGAUGGCAGUUUCCUGCUACCUCAAACGCAGGCAGUAUGUAGAUUCAGAAGGUCCUCUGAAACAAGGGCUCCGCUUAUGCCAGACUGCAGAAGAAAUGGCAGCUAAUCUAACAGUUCAAUCUGAAUCGGGUUGUGCAAACAUUGUCUCUGCUGCACCCUGCCUAGCAGAUCCGCAACAAUAUGAAGUACAGUUUGGGCGACUGCGUAAUUUUCUUACAGAUUCAGAUUCCCAGCACAGCCAUGAAGUGAUGCCUCUUCUGUACCCCCUUUUUGUCUACCUCCAUCUUCACAUGGUUCAGAAUGGCCUAAAGAGCACAGUGGACAGUUUCUAUAGUCGCUUCCAUGGGAUGUUCUUGCAGAACGUCAGCCAGAAGGAUAUAAUUGAGCAGUUACAGACCACACUCACAAUUCAAGACAUCUUGUCCAACUUCAAGCUCCGGGCAUUUCUGGACAACAAGUAUGUCGUCCGUCUUCAAGAAGACAGCUACAACUUUCUCCUUCGCUACCUCCAAAGUGACAACAACAAUGCUCUUUGCAAAGUCCUCUCCUUGCAUAUUCACUUAGAUGUGCAGCCAGCCAAGAGGAUGGACUACCAGCUUUAUGCUAGUGGUGGCUCUUCACGCAGUGAGAGCAAUGGUCUGGAACCCACUGACAUGCCUGCUUCCAUCCUGCAGAACGAGGCAGCCUUGGACAUUCUGCAGGAUAGCAUUAAAAGAGUCAAAGAUGGACCACCUUCUCUCACCACAAUAUGUUUCUAUGCGUUCUAUAACACGGAGCAGUUGUUAAACACAGCUGAGAUCUCACCAGAUAGCAAGCUGCUUGCUGCUGGCUUUGACAAUUCCUGUGUGAAGCUGUGGAGCUUGCGGGCCAAGAAACUGAAAUCUGAGCCGCAUCUGGUAGAUGUAUCCCGAAUCCGCCUGGCUUGUGAUAUCUUGGAUGAGGAGGAUGAAGAAGAUGAUAAUGUGGGUACAGAAAUGAAGAUGCUAAGAGGACACUGCGGACCAGUGUACAGCACAAAGUUUCUGUCAGACAGCUCAGGACUGUUGUCAUGUUCUGAAGACACUUCUAUCAGAUACUGGGACCUUGGAUGUUUUACAAACACUGUGUUGUACCAAGGACAUGCCUACCCUGUGUGGGACCUGGACAUCAGCCCUUGCAGCUUGUACUUUGCGAGCGGGUCACAUGACCGCACAGCAAGACUCUGGUCAUUUGAUCGGACGUAUCCACUGCGGAUAUAUGCAGGCCAUUUGGCGGAUGUGGACUGCAUUAAAUUUCACCCCAACUCUAACUAUUUAGCAACAGGAUCCACAGACAAAACAGUGCGGCUCUGGAGUACCCAGCAAGGAAACACAGUACGCCUGUUUACAGGUCAUCGGGGCCCUGUACUGUCUCUCGCAUUUUCUCCAAAUGGUAAGUAUUUGGCUUCAGCAGGCGAAGACCAGCGGUUAAAGCUAUGGGACUUGGCAUCUGGCACGCUUUAUAAAGAAUUGAGAGGGCACACGGAUAAUAUCACCAGCCUUACAUUUAGUCCGGACAGUAGCUUGAUUGCUUCUGCAUCAAUGGACAACUCUGUUCGGGUUUGGGACAUUCGAAACACUUACUGCAACGCUCCUGUAGAUGGCUCUUCCAGUGAACUAGUUGGUGUAUAUACUGGACAGAUAAAUAAUGUACUGAGUGUACAGUUCAUGGCUUGUAACCUUCUUUUAGUGACUGGAAUUGCACAAGAGAAUCAGGAACAUUAAUAUUUUUUUUAAUUGGGGUGGGGGUGUUAUUGAAAGCAAGAGUCUAUUAUAAACUGAGAUUAUAUAUAAUUGACUGUGAAUUUUUUCUCUUUCUCCCAUUGGUGGGCAUGUCCAGAAUGAUGGAAAUAUUGUAUUUGAACAUGACUAAUGUUAUUGCAGAAAGAUGGGGCAGGGAGAGCAACAGAGAACAUUAUUAUACUUGUGUGUGUUAAUGGUGCAAGGACAAGACAAGAAUGGGGGAAAGGCAGCAACUCAGAAAAUUUUGCUACAAGAAUAGCCAAAAGCCAGUUGAAGCAAUUAAAACCAUCAACUGGGCAUUUGCACUUAAAUAUUUUUGCAUUAAUGGGCGCAUCCUAAUUACCUUUACCAAAGGUUUAUGAGGGUGUCUGUAUCAACUAUUGUGCUCAAUUGAUGGCUUUCCCACUGACGUUUCCGUGGGACCAGAACCCUUGCUUCUUGGAAAGAAAAAUAGAUUUUGUUUUAAGAAUACUCUUAAGCAUAAGGAAGAUUAUAAUUAUGUUUAAAAUGACAUUGGAGGUGACUUCCAGCUUGCUAGAUUAAGAGCCAUGGGAUUGGAUCAGUUCUUACCUUCUGUGAAUAGUAGGGCUCCUUCCAUCUACAGAAGGCUUUAAUCCAGCAUAAUCAAAAGCCUGGUGGAAGCAGGAAGACCACCUUUGGCAGUGCCCACGCCUUCCUGUAGUUGCAGGUACCAUCUGUUAUACUAUUCCAGAGGGCAGUUUUUCGGAAGGUACAAGGAGCUGCUGUGGAAAAUAGCACCUGUCCCUCUCCAUUGGCAGGAGCAAAGUCUGGAUCCAAGCCAUGGUAUUUUUAUUUUUGAAUGUAUGUGACAAAUGCUGUCUCUACAAAAAGAUACAAUUUGGAUUUGAUUCCUAAUGUUGACUAUAAUAUUUGUAUCUGUUCCUAGUUCAGAGAUCUGGGAUUAUUCCAAAUCUGGUUGCACUGUGAUGGUGAUACAAAAUGCUAGAUAUUUGACUGAUGAGGUAAUAGUAGCUUUCCUGCUGAAAAAAUGUGCAAAACAUGGUUAAAUUUGUAGCAGCAUGUUUCAACUCCUAAUAGAAAGGGACACAUUUCACCUCACCAAAAAUAUUUUCUGCAGCUAAAUAUUGGACAAAGGUGUCCAGAGGGUUGGAAAAUAGUAUUACUAAAUUAUUACUGGUGAAAACAUGGAGCUUUGCCAAUUUCUGAUGUUUUCCACUAAAUAUCGAAAUAAGUUGUUUCAUGAAGUUUUCAUACAAGCGUGUGAGCAUGCAAAAUGUGUGGGGUGGGGUGGGGAAAACAACUUUUAUGUCUUCAUUCUAAGAGAAGAUUGAAUAUUUCUGCUUUCAGGAAAGAGAUUUUGUAUUUUUGUUUUUUCUAUUAAAGCAUUUAGUUUAAAGAGAUGCUUGGUAUUUCUGUGUGGAAAUUGAGAUGGUUUUAGAUGUUGUUAAGCAGAUAAAAGUAAUUUUGCCUUGUGGUUCCCAUCUGUAUACUUUUUAAAACAGGAAGAUAGGCUGUUUUGCAGGCUGUUACUGUUUAAAGAUGCUGACCUUUUCAGGUACCUGACUUUGAAAAAGAAGUGUGUCCUCUGCCCUUCUAGAUAUUUUUGGACUAGAGUUUCCAUGAUUUCUGAUCAUUGCCCAUGCUGGCUACCACUAAUGGGAGUUGCAAGGUGGCAGGGAAACUGAUUUAUAGUUCUUCAUCAGAAAAAAAAGUGGUACCCUGGAUGGUGUAAAAAACUAUUCAUUUCGGUUCAUUUUCAUUUUUCCCUUCAAUACACAGACUUCCAUUACCAAAAAGCCAGGCUAAGGAUUUGAGCCUAGAUGUGUCGGUUUUAAAUCAAACACUGCCAAGUGAUCUGCAUGAAAUUUAGAGAUCACAACAGAGCUCGCCAAAGCAUCAAUGAAGAGUUAAGGUUUGCAAGAAACACAGUUGAUCUCGCUUGCUUGGACUGACAACUGAAUGUUCUACUUUGCCCUUCCAGUCUUGUGAGCUUGUGUGUAAGGAAUAGGAGGUGAUACAGGAAGCUUGGCCAGCAACAGGAAGCUUGACUCAUAGGGAUGGUGUCCAUUUUCUUACCCUGUGAUCCUAGUGCAUUUGCUUGGUAGUGUUUAUUAACACUUAACUUCCAGGGAAGUGUGUUAAGCUCUAGAUCUAAUAAUCUACUGUACAAUCAUGCACAAACUUUGUAAACUUCCAUAUGCAUGUAAUUGCAAGAGUCUUGAAUACUUUCCAUUGGGGUUCACAUUCCAGUGUUUAUCAUGACAACUGUAAGGCUAAAAACAGAUAAUGUGAGCUCUCCUUUGUAUCAGCAGUGCAUUAACUGAGUGCUCCCAUUGAAUUAUUUGUAUUAUAGCGUUUCAUAUAUCAGCAGUGCAUUAAUGAGCACUCCCAUUGAACUAUAUUUAUUAUAGCAUUUCAUUCAUUCUUCACCAUUAUUUCUUCUUCCAAGAUACCCAAGGUGGCUUACAAACUUCAAUUGUCAACUAAUGUGCUGAUUGGGCAUUCCCACUGAAACAACACACUCAUUAUUAAUGACCAUAAUUUCAUGGAAGGAUAUAGAAUGUGGUUCCAAACUUAACAGUAAUUCCUAAAAUGUGGAGUUUGUACAUUCAAAUUGUGAGCAUUUUGGAAGGAUGGGGAGAUCACCUAGCAGCUAACAUUAGAAGCUGAGAACAGCACUAAUACCUGUGUUACUUUAAUGGCAACAGUUUACCUAAGCAGAAAGCACAUAGGUUUAACAAAAUCAUAUAUAAACUCUGUGUGAGAACUUACCCAUUCUGUGUUCAGUUUUUGUCUAUACACUGAUCAGGGAGAUUUCACAUGCUUUUUACUCAAAUACUUUUUACAUGGCUAUUUUAAAGGGGCUAGGGGGUUGAAGUUGCAAUCCCAAAGAGUUAGGGAUCAUUGGGGGGGGAAAUUGUAUCAAAACAAAGAGUGCCUACCUAUGAAUUAGCAUUUUCCACUUCCACACUAAGAAAAAGAACAAGCUGGUUCUUUAUUGAAUAAUUCCUUGAUUGCUAUCUUUAAAAAACAUCACAACAAGAUGAAACUCUCUCAGAGUUAUUCCUUACUAACUUAAAUAAAAGUUAGUACAGAAUAACUUCACUUACCAGGAACAAAAGUGUUGCUGUUGUCUUUUUAAAUUUCAAAAGCAUUUUUUCUUUAAAGGGUUAAAAUAAUACUUGGCAUUUAUAUGGCAUCUUUCAAAGAACUGCAUGUAUUGUAAUCAAUAUUCAACAUGCUGCAACAAAAAUUAGACCACCAUUUAUGACAUUUCUAAAUUACUCAGUGUCAUCCAUUAAAUGUUUUUGUACUCUCUCUCUCUUCCACUUUUAUCUGCUGUCUUGGUUCUUACAGCAAAUGAGUUCAAAUGUUUAGGGCAUAAUUGUACCCCAUUACAGCUGUAUUACUAAUUUGAGGGGGGUUUUGAGCCAUGUGAAAUGCCUGCUUUUGUCUUGGGUGUCACAUUGCUUGUGAUGAGCCAGAUUCUAAAACUGGACUAUUACAGGACUGCUGUGCUACAGCAUCAUUAAAUGCACAGAUAAGCCCUGCCAGCGUCUGUCCCAGUAGGCCAGUCCUCAGCUGUAAUUAUAUAUAGGAUGGAAGCCCUGCAUGGUGGAAGUAGAUGUCAACCUCCCAAUUAAUAGUCUUACAGGUGCAGACCUCCCCUUAAUCAUUCAGGUUAACCAUAUACUGCCAAAGAAUUUUAAAAGAGGCACAAAUCCAGUCUUUGUAAAAUGAUGAUGAUUGUUCACCAUGCUGACCACCUGUUACAGCUUGUUACAUGGGAAGAUUUGUAGAUCAAAGUGAGUAUUUUGCAAUGUGCCUUAUAGCUAAAACUUGGAUUUCCUUUCCCUGUUCAAUAUUGAAUUUACAAAAUAAUUGCUGUACAAUGGUUAAUCCGUUAGAGAAAAUCAUACUCAAGAGCCCAGUAUUUUCACACUGGGCUGCAGCUGCUGAACACUUUUGCUUCAUAUGUAAAGUAGCUGUCAAACAUAGAGCAAUUUAAAGCUAGGGGUCCUCAUAACUGUUCUAGCUGUUGUACAAAAUCACAAUUAUUUUGGCUUUAGAAACUUCCUCUAUCUUAAUCACUAGGUGCAGUGUUUAAUAGUAUGCAGUUUGUCUUGGGAGUAAAUUCUACUGAACUUAAUGGGACUAAUUUUGGAGUAAACAUGCAGAGUAUUAUAAAGGCACUGAAUUCACAAUGGAAAUUUACAUUGAUGAGCUCUUGUAUACCAAGCAGUAAUUUUGCAUUAUAUUUCUAAGUUUGUUGAUAGUAUUUUAUAUCAUAUCGCACAUGAGAAAUACAGUUAGAUUGUUUUGCCUUCCUAAGGUACAGAAUCUGUGGUUUGCAGGUAGUUGGCACUGAUAUCUUGAAUUAUUUUCAUCACCUUCUGACCAUUCCAGCUAUCAGGCCCAAACUGGUAUUUAAUAUUAUGUAGGUCAUCUUUGCAUAAUCUGUUUUAACUUAAAUACUGUAUGCUAGUGCCAGAAAUGUGUUCAUUGUUGCAAACGUAAGAAUUUUGAAUUUGCAAUAUUGGUUUGAGGCCAAAUUGGAAUCUUUUUGUCAGCUUGAUAUAUACUAACGGGCCAGAAUUUUACAAGGACUGCCAAAACUGCAUCCUCUUCACUGCUUUUCAGAAUUAGAAGAUACAACAGCAACAAUACCACAAACUGAAGCUGUAUAUAUCAAAUGGUAAAGGCUACAUUUUUUAUGCAUUUCUAGCUCAUGAUCCACUUAUUAAUAAAAGUAUGUAGUGAUGUUUUCAGAAUAA